CGUGGCAAAAACAUGUUCACCGCUGCUGCAAUCGAAUGGAGUCCACGUUUAUUGUGUACGGCCUUAGCCAUUUCGUUGGCUGUCUGGUACUGGACUCGAUCGCGGUUCGUACGGCUCAUCAAUGUAAUUCCAGGGCCUAAAGGUCUUCCAAUUGUGGGCAACCUCUUCGAUGUGAAUAUUGGUUACGACACUAAUCCCCUUUUUUCUUCUAUUCAACCAACGGUUUUCUGUGUGCGGUAACCUCGUUUUGUCAUUCAGCAAUUUUCCAUAAAAUAACCUUUGAAUGGAUGCAAAUGUAUGGUGGCAUAUUUCGCCUUUGGUUGGGACGCUAUUCCUAUAUCAUCAUUGGGUCACCAGAGCUCAUUGAGCCGAUUUUGUCAAGCCCAAUCAUCGGUUCAAGACCCAAAGAGUGUGACGUGCUCAAAGACUAUAUUGGCGACAGCCUCGCUUUACUGGGAGGAGAGGAAUGGAAGCAGCGUCGCCGGAUGCUCGCGCCAGCGUUCCAUAAUCAAACCCUGAACAGUUUCAUCGACACCUUUAACGAGAAAAGCGUCGAAUGCGCCCGCUGUUUGAAUCGAGCUGUCGAAGUGCACAAGGACGUCGAGUUCGAUAUUUUGCCCAUGAUGACACACUUCGCUUUGGAUAUCCUCUGUGAGACGGCCAUGGGACGAAAGAGCAACACUGAAGAGAAAACGGAUGCCUAUCUUGGAAACUCCAUGGCGUAAGCGUUUUGCCUUGGGUUAUUUCGAACAAUCGUUGAAAUAAGGCUUCUAAACGAACAACUCUUUCAUAUAAUUGUGGCUUAAUUGCAACAGGAUUCACCGACUUAAUUUGGAACGUUUUCUGAAACCUUGGCUUCAAAUCAAAUGGAUUUUUAAUAUGAGUGCUCUAGGCCGUUUAAACGCAUAUUACGUUGCUGCUUGCCAAAGAUUCUGCAAUGAGGUAAUCGAAGAACGAC